CCGCCGCAGCCGUUGGGCCGCCGCUCGCGCCACCGCCCCGCCGUUACCACAGCGGAGGGCGGGAUGGCGGCGGGGGGCCUCCCGCCGCUGCCGGCCCGCACCUACGAGGAGUACCUGGAGUGCCAGGUGACGGCGCGGGACCUGCGGUACCUGGAGAGCGAGGCGGUGGGGCGGCAGCUGGUGGAGCUGGGCUUCUGCGGCUCCGGAGACGUGCUGCGGCGAGAGGAGUUCGAGGCCCGGGCGGCGGCGGCGCCCCCCCCGAAGUCACUAGCAAGUGUACGAAAAGAACUAAAAGAUAACUUUUUGCAGGCCCUGGCAGACAGAGAGGAAGCCAAUCGCACUGGAAACAUUUCUUCCAUAAUCUUCAUUCGUGACCGAAAUUCUCACUGCCAGGAGGUGUCUGCAUACAUCGACUACGCACACAGACUGACAACAGAUGAUUUUGAAGUCUACUUCAGCGGGAAGAAAAGACUUUUCCCUCGGAACACUGAUCUGAGAUCCAGUGGGAAAGAUAUAUCUAAAUGUCCCCAGGCCGCUUGGAAAUUGGAGCCUUGGUCAUUCAGCAGACCGGUUGCUCUGAGGAGUCCCUCAGUGCCCAAGCCAUUCAGAUUUCAAAGGAUUUGCAUUAGUGAGGUCUGGGAAGGAGGAAAGAAUCCUUUCCAAGCCUUGAAGGUUGGCUGUCUCCCCUGGAUUUACCUCACACCACUAAAGUAAAAUACUGGGAAAAAGAAAUGUUCAUCUUUCAUAAAAGUAUUAUUUUUCAUCAGUUCAGCUGCUAAUUAGAAGUUUUAGCACAUGGUUUUAUAGAUUAAUUCUUUCUGGGCUCGACUCUUUGCCUAAGGAGAUUACAGCUGGAAAGGAAGACGACCCUUCGAAAGAAACCACAGGAAGAAAGACAGAGAGGUACAUGCAUACAUGAAGCAUGCUUUUAAUACAUGCCUUCAGAAAAAUCCAUCAUUUCAUCUUAGAUGCUUAAUCCAACUUUGAUCAAGACGCUGAUUUAUUCACGGAUGUUAACCCUGCUUCCUUCAGAAGGGAGGACGUCGGAGAGGCUGGCCCACCUCCACAAAUACGCCUAUCCAAAUCUAUAGGCAGCAAUGCUUUGACAUUUCCUUUACCGGCUCCCCUACCUGUCUGGCUGCCAUUUAGUUCCUCCAGGUCUUCCUGCUCAUCGUGCCUUAUUAUGACUCUGAUCCAACAAAGCACCUAAGCGUUGUUUUGAGUGCAGCUUUGGCACACGUCUGAAGGUCAUGUUUUUAAAGGUGUUAAAGGUGUACUCAGGUGCCCCGGGAGGGAUUUUGAAAAACCAGUGGAAGCUCCCUGCAAUGCAUCCCGCCUACUACGAGAAACCGUCAGGCUUUGCAAAUCUCUCUUGGCACAUACCUGCAUCUUUGGCACCUGAGGCAAUUAGUUGAAUGGUAGCGCAAGGCUGCAAUUGUUCAUCAUGCUGUUUUUCGUUAAUGGAAGAUGAAAGCUAAUAAGUGAACCUAUGUGACAACCAGACAGACAGAUGCUGUCCUGUGAUGCCUUUCUUAAUUUCUAGGUCGGCCUUUGCUAGAAAUUCCCCUCAGAUAAUCAGGUAAUAAAU